GUGGGCGUUCGAUUCACAUAAGAACUGUCAAAUCUGGCGAAAGGAGAGUGUUUUGUUAGCUGGCUGAUUUCGCAGCAGUUUCGUUCUAAAAAAUAUCAUAAAAUUAUUAUGAAUUAUUUCGUGUUGUAAAAUUCUUACAUAAAAGCAAACUUCACAAUGAAGCAGACAAUCGGAAAUUCUGAUGUGGCGGAUUACUUCAUACGGAUCCUCCAGGAGGACGACAGUUUGUCGUCCGGAAUAGCGGCAAUCAAAACCCUGCUGUGGGUUCUACAAGAAACCGAAUUUGACACGGUGCAGGAGCUGCACUCCACGAUCCAGGCGGCGGUCCAAUCGAUGCGCGAAACGGACAAACCGAUGACCUCGGUUGUGUCCGGAAGUGAGCUGUUCCUGCGAUUCAUCACCCUCGCAAAGUUCGACGACAAAACCAUCCAGGAGGUGCGGGAAAUUAUGCUGGGACGUGGCAAAAGCUUCCUGGCCAAGCUGCUGGAAAGCCGGAACGUGGUGGCCAAGCAAGCGACCAGCUUCAUCAGCGAUGGAUGUCGGAUUUUGACGCACGCCCGGUCCCGAACCGUGCGGGACACUUUGAUCCUGGCGGCCAAGAUGAACAAGCGCUUCCAUGUGUUCGUCACGCAGAGCUUCCCCGAUAAGCAAGGUGAACAGAUGCAAACGGAACUGGAAGCGGAAGGCAUCGAAUGUACGCUGAUUCUGGACUCCGCCAUUGGAUACGUGAUGGAGACGGUCGAUAUGGUGUUCGUGGGAGCCGAAGGCGUGGUGGAAAGCGGAGGAAUUAUCAAUCGUGUGGGAACCUUUACGAUGGCCAUGUGCGCCCGGGAGAUGAAGAAACCGGUCUACGUGCUGGUGGAAAGCUUCAAAUUCAGUCGACUGUACCCUCUGAAUCAGCGAGAUUUGCCAAACGAUUAUAAGUAUUCCAAACCAAGUCUAAGUGACAUCUCGAAGGCGCAUCCAUUGGUGGAUUAUACACCCCCGGUCUAUAUAACGCUUCUUUUCACCGAUCUAGGAAUUCUCACGCCAUCGGCUGUGAGUGACGAAUUGAUCAAAUUGUAUCUAUAACGAGUUUUGUUUGGUGGAAAUGAAAUUUAUUUUCAAAAAUCAGAA